UAAACUGUAGUUGUCAAAUUUAAUUAAAAAAAACGUACAAAAAAUAUUUUCAAAGAAUUGAAGGCAAAACAUGCUUCGAACAUUUCGAUAUUAACUAGAAACACAUCAAUAAAUUAUCAGAAAAGAUGUCUGAUGAUAGAAACCUAAAAACUUUAGUCAAAGCCGCUCUCUAUGUAGGUGGCACAGCUCUUGUAGGCUAUGGAGGAUAUCAAUUGUAUAAAUAUUGUAAAAAUAAAUAUUCAAGAUCUGUCGAUGAAGGUUUUGAAGAUGCCACCAAGUUAGAAGAUAGUUAUAUUAGAAAAAUAUUAGUUCUGGGUUUAGAAAGUUCAGGAAAAAGUUCACUUGUUAGCAAAUUGACUCAAGUUAAGCAUGUUAUCAAGCCAACCGAAGGAUUUAAUGUUACUCCUAUGGAAGUAGCUGAAAUUGUAUAUAAUUUUUGGGAAAUUGGUGGUAAAGAUAAGGUUCGAAAAUUCUGGUUAAAUUUUCUCCAAGAUACCGAUUUAUUAAUGUACGUGAUCGAUUCAUCCGAUAUCCAUAGUUUACCAAUUACCAUAAAAGAAUUAAAAACACUUGUGGGUGAUGAACGUUUAAAAAACGUACCAGUUUUGGUCAUAGCCAGUAAAUGUGACACACCCGGAGCGUUAACAGUACGCGAUGUAACCGAUGCCAUUGAUGUUAAAAGUAUUGAAUCGUACAAACAUAAGGUGAAAGUUUUGGGUGAUACAAAUCCAAGUCCAGAAGUGGAUGCAAUUGAACGAAUACGGCAGACUAUUAUAGCACUGGUCAAAUCGCCCAGCAAAUAAAGAAUUUGAUUAUUUUAAUUUUAGAGUGCCUUCCGAAUGUCAUCUUUGCACACGAUCAUAUCAGAGAUAUAAAGUAUACAAAUGCAACAAUUUUCCACAACGUGUACAAUUUUCUGAAUCUUUUAAAAAAAAUAAAAACUACUCCAACUGGUUUCUUAAUUUUUCUCUUCCAUUGUUUUUGUACUAAAAAAAUUUUAAUAAAA